UCAUUGAACUCAUUGUCGAUUAAUCGACUAGUAUAGUAAUAGACUGACAGUUAUAUAUAACAUAGACUCUAGAUCUGCUUACACACUGUUAGUUACACUGUGCUACAGAAGCUGAGAAACUGAAAGCCCAUCUAUGCUACACUACACUUAAAAAAUGUCUUUUAUGUUUAAUUUCAAUGCUCACGAUGAUGAAGGAGAGCAUACCAACAAUAAAUUCAACAAUGCUUCAGUAGAUGUCAGCAAAGAUACAAAAGAAACUAAAGACCAAAAAUUAAUAUCUUUGCCUGCUGUGGAAGUAACAGAUUUUUACAACAGUAGUGUUAUUUCCAAGUUACCUUUUAAAACUCUUACUUUUGGGGAGCAUUUUUUCCAAAUCGUAAACACCAAAUGUAUAGAGAAGGAAUUGCUGAAUCAAGAAGAUGCCAUCCAGUCAUCUAAGACAGUUUUAGAUGCUAUCAAUGCUCAUUCUGACCUUGUGCCUGGAACUUAUGAAGGUGGUCUCAAGAUAUGGGAGUGUGGCAUUGAUUUAGUGAAAUAUUUAUCAUCUUCUGAGUCUAGACACAUUUUGGAGGUUAAAGGAAAAGUUGUUUUAGAGCUUGGUUGUGGUGCUGGAUUACCAGGGCUGUACAGCUUAAAGGCUGGUGCAAAAAGAGUGGAUUUUCAAGAUUAUAAUAUAGAUGUCUUAAAACUACUAACUCAACCCAAUGUGGUAAGAAAUAGUACAGAACAGCAUUGUCGCUAUUUCGCUGGUGACUGGAGCGGUUUAAACAAGAUAGCAACAGAACAUAAACUCAGGUAUGAUGUUAUAUUAACUGCAGAAACAAUCUACAAUCCUGAGAAUUAUUCCAAACUUCAUGACAUAUUUAGCACGUCCCUUACUGAUGAUGGCGUAAUCUUGGUCGCAGCUAAAACAUAUUAUUUUGGAGUUGGUGGUAGUUUAGACACAUUUGUGAAUUAUGUGAGAAGCUGUAAUGUAUUCACAGUAGAUACAAUAGUUACUAUACAAGAAGGUGUUCCUCGACAAAUAAUUUCAUUGAAACGAGUUUGCGCAAGUUGAUGCCCUUAUGAAAAUAUUGAAGUGUUCAUCAUAAAUUAUGUUUUCUGUUGUGAUGGUAAUAAAAAGCAAACAAAAAUUGGAAGCAUUUUAGUGUUAAAAAGGUCAACACUUUAUUCAUAUAUUCCUUGUAAUUUUUUUUUUAAAACUUUUAAUGUUACAAAUAACAAAACUUUUUUUUUUUACAACCAAGUUUCCUAUACAAUAUUUAAAUUAGAAAAACACAAGUAUUCAUUAUGAAAAAAGAUACAACAAAAUCAAGAAUGCAGUACAAUUACAUUGACAGUGCCGCAGUAUCACAAAAGUUUUUUUGCUCAGUUUUACUGUUAUCACUUUCAAACUCUUAAAAAAAUACUUUGUUCUCAUGAACUUAUAAGACAACAUAUAUGUUGGCUACAUCAUCAAAGUAGAAAUUUAUUAUAGCUGUCACAAGUUUGUGUAUAAAUAUUUUUACAACUUGACUGAAUCCACUUUGACUACAGUACAUUCAAAAUGUAACACCAGGUAUAACAUUUUAUGUAUCUCUGAGAUUAUAAUUUUAUUUUUUAAGAAGAGUUAUUAGUUUGAUGGCCAAUGUGUUUGUAUGUUGCAAUGGAAUGGAAAAUAAUUCUUAUUAUUAUUUCCAGUAAGUAUGUUUUUCUCUUAACAAUAUAAGUGUUACAAUUAUUUGUUCAUCAUCAAUCAUUCAAUUCAGCUGAAAGUUUGUUACAUUAAAAGGCAAUAAGGGCUCAAUCUUGUUUUGAUUUUCACAUCUAAAAUUGAGGAAAAAAAAACAACUAAAUAGUCUAAAAUACUAAAUAAUAUACAAAAAGUAGAUGCUGAUACAUUUAAAACACUAUUCUAUGUGAAAACUGUAGACCAUGUAUGUACUAAGCUCAUAUUAACAGUGGUCAGAGAAGUAACUUACACACAUUUACUAUACCUUCAUUUAUUGAUACAGUCUCUAUGGCUUUAAAAAAAAUAGUUAUACAUUUACAUUUGUAAUUUUCUAUUUAGCUAACUUUUCCAUGCCACAUUCUAUCAAGCCAAACAUAUCAGUUGUAAAUUAAUUAUAUUUUGAUGUUAUACCUUUGGUCUUUUUAAAUAAGAGAAGCCAUCAUCCAACAUAAAAAUGGAAAUGAGUGGUGUUCUUCUGUACAUAUUACUGCAAACAUAAAAUGAAGGUAGAAUUGCUUACGAUCAAUAAAAGUAAUAAUGUCUUCAUUCAUUCUUAUGGAAUUCUUGAAUUAUUUAUCUGUAUAUUUCACUGAAAUGAGCAAAAAAAGCAUAUGGUUUUUCUUAGGGUGUGAUUCUUGGAAAUUAAUUUUUAAAAAUAUAUUUACAGUUACAAAAGAUAUUUUGAAAUGGUAAUUAGUAUUAAAAAGUAUUUAAAAAAUAAAAUAACACAUAAAAUGGGGAAAUGAUGAGUAGAUAAAAAAAAAAGGGGGGGGGUGGAGAUAAUGAUUUGACAUACAAAUUGUGAAGGAAUGUAAGAGAGGGGUAAGUAUUGUGGAUGUCUAGCAAUGUACAAAAAUUGACACAUGUUUCAUAACACAUAUGUAAGGUAUAAUAAGAAAUACUUGUGUGCUCGUGCACACAUAAAUUAGGUACAGAUAUUGCACUUUCUGAAUAACAAUGCUGAAACAUUUGUCCUGUUCAUAUGUUUAAUAAACAUGAUAUGCAUGA